CUCAUGCUUUAAAGUUUGAAGUACCGGCCAUAAAAUUGGCAACCAGUCGGAUGGGGAACCAUAAUGUCCUAUUCCUCAACUCUAUAUAGCUUCAAGGCUUUCAUGAGCAAAUCUGUUAUGCAUCAGUUGCCUUCUUCUUAACUUGAUGAAUCUAAAUUUCACCUGUGAAAGAUUAUAUAUGUGAUUUCGCUCACUGUUUGUUCUUUUGGUUUCUGUUCUUUUUGUCAGCCCUCUUUUGAUAAAGUUGUGCCCCCAUCGUUUUUCGAGUUAGGUCUAGCAGAACUAGUCUCGGUAUACAGUGAUCUCUGGAAAUUGGGAAGCCCUCCACCAGUUAUUGAUGCAGCAGACCUUGAGCAAAACCCUGAGGUUGGUAGCGUCUGCUAAAUGUUCUUAUACAAACAAAAGCUUCUGUCCUUCCAUUUUCAGUUUUUUUCUGCAACAUUAUGCUUCUAUUGGUUACUGGAGAUCUAUCACGAUUGCCAAUCAACUUUCUACUCCUGCAGGCUACACUGCGUGGUCUUUGUGAAGACUUGGAUAUACCUUUCCAGAGCUCAAUGCUCAGGUUAGCAGUCACAACCCAAUUUGAAAGCUUACUUCAUUUCGUUUCAUGUCCUAGUUUGAGUCCGCUUCUUGGUUAUAGGAUGCUUUUCCUAUACCAUGGCUCCAGAUGAGAUACUCGAUCUAAUCACAUUUGCAUAACUUAACCAUUUAAAUAUUUUUGGAGUAUCUUCUUAAGAACAAUUAAGUACCCUCCUCAAAGUUAGGGGAAAACAGUGAUUGAUGAGUUAGUUAGGUGUCUGAAUUUUUCAUUACGCUAAGCAUUUGCUUGUUUGUAUAGACACCUAGCAGUUCUGUCGCGGGUGAAUUCAAUAGAAAGCUUUAUGACUACUUCAUUGCGUAGAUUUAUUUCAAAAUCUGAAAUGUGUGUUUAUGUCAAUUUCUUUAUUUAUAUAAUGUCAGCUGGGAAGCUGGUCCUAAAGCGUACGAUGGAGUUUGGGCUCCAUGGUGGUAUAAGAGUGUGCAUGAAUCAACAUGUUUUGCCAAAGUGAGAAAGUAUCCCAUGGUAUGCCAUUAGUAUUUUGUUUGAUCUCCAUGCCAUUUUCUCUUCGAAUUAAUUGCCCUAACCUAUUCUCUUUAUCUUGCUUCAUUCGUAGCCAUUUCCAUUUGGCCUUUAUGACUUGUUGGAAGAAGUCUUGCCUUUGUACAAUGUGCUUAAACAUCGCGUAAAGCGUUCAUCAAACCUUCUGAAGAGCCCGCUACCUGCCCCUGAUCUUCCAGUGCCUGAAAAUGAGAAGCUUCUAGCAUGGGUUGGAGAUGAGAUCCUUCCCCGAGAUAGUGCCAAGGUAUACUCACUAUUAUAGAAGAACUUGAGAGUUUAUUCGGUUUCAAGAGUCACUCUUUCCUGAUGCCUUCUCAUAUUUUGGUUUUAGGUAUCUGUGUUCGACUCGGUUGUCCAAGGAGGCAAUUCAGUGUGGGAGGGUCUACGCGUUUACGAUGGAAAGGUAUUUAGCUCGAGGAGCAUUUAGACAGGUUAGUUAGGAUGUUGCUUCUGUGUCCUUGGGAAGUUCUUUUAUUCCGUGUCUGCAGAGUCGAUAUCCUGAUCGUUUAAUUGAGAUUCAUGCGACUUUCUUCUUUUGAUAAAGGAUGUUUGACUCAGCAAAGGCUUUAGCUUUCAGUAAUGUUCCAACUCGGGAUGAGGUGAGUUUUAAGAAGCUCCCUCAAUUUUUUUUCCCUGGAAAAUUUCGUUUCUUGUUGAAUUACGUCUUUGUAGAGAAUUGAUCUAUUCAUUUUGGAUUAUAUACAGAUCAAGGAAGCCAUCUUCAGAACUCUUGUUAUGAAUGGAAUGUUCAAUAAUGCACACAUACGAUUGUCUCUUACACGUGGAAAAAAGGUCGAUAAUAGAUUAUCUUUCGACAAGAGAUACAACUCCAUAUCUUUCUAACAUGCUAAAAGACGUGAAACAUAUACAAACAAAUAUUGAUGAACGACAACUGAAUUGCAUUUAACCUCAUUUUUGUUGAAUUUUCUUUUACCCCACGUUACUUCAGGGAUGAGCCCUGCAUUUAAUCUGUAUGGAUGCACGUUAAUUGGUAAGUUCUUGGGCCGACUUAAUAUGCAAAAAUAGCUUGUUCGUUAUCUAAGUUGCACCGUGGUUUUGGCUUGACAGUACUUCCUGAAUGGAAACCCCCUGUUUAUGAUAAUGCACAUGGCAUAACUCUUGUGACUGCUACCACAAGGCGGAACUCACCAAAUGUGUGUUUGAUGUUUACCUAUCGUUUUUUCUUUGAUUGUAUCAUUAUGCUUACUUCUUGUGAAAUGCCAGAAUUUAGAUUCAAAGAUUCACCACAACAACCUUCUUAAUAACAUCCUUGCUAAGGUAUUUGAGAUGAUAAUUUUUUUUACUCAUAUCUAAUUAUUUCAAAUACUGAAAAGAAUUCUAGUUAAGAUUGAAUGUACUUGCUUGAUUUAGGUAGAAGGGAAUAAUGCAUCAGCUGAUGAUGCCAUCAUGCUUGACAAGGAUGAUUACGUUUCCGAAACAAAUGCUACGAAUAUUGUGAGUCUAUGUCCCCCCUCCCCCCCCCCCCCCCCCCCCCCCCCCCCCCCCCCCCCCCUCUCCAGUCUUGGGAUUACUACUGUGAUACCAAGCAAGCAGUUUCUUAUUUAUUGGGAUACCAUAUUGACAAGGUGGUGACUGUUAUGUUUGUGUACUCCUUUCCAGUUCUUAGUGAAGAAAGGUCGUGUUUUGACACCACAUGCUGAUUAUUGUCUCCCUGGCAUCACUAGUGCUACUGUUAUGGAUGUUGUGGUCUGAGGAGAAAUUCGUAUUAGAGGAGCGAAGGAUCAGCCUUUCAGAGUUUCACACAGCAGACGAGGUAUGGACCACUGGAACAAUGGGGGAGAUUACCCCGGUGGUGAAGAUCGAUGGACGUCAAAUUGGUGAUGGCGAAGUGGGGAGCGUCACGAAGAGGAUUCAACGAGUUUACAAGAAUCUCACGCACGACUUUGGGGUGCCUAUCCCUACCUACGAGAGAAGCUGAAUGAAACAUAGCUUCUUGAAGUUAAGUAUACUAUUACUCUGAUGCAAAAUCUGCAGAGGGGAGAGAGUGAGGUUACAACGAGUCAUGUAAACAAAGUUCAAACUAUUUCCAACAUUGAUCUCUUAAGAGCCUUGGACCGAACCUGGCGUGAUUGUAAGUUUCAACAAUCAAAGCUAAGUGCAUUGAUGUAGACUUGUCUUUGAUGUAGACUUUGUAAGUUUCCAACCACUUAGCUUUGAUGUAGACUUCUUUCCAAUGGCUAUAAAUAAAUUCUUUUUUAUGAC